AUGAUUGAAGUAGCCACAGUAAAAUCUAAAGCUUCAAGUUCACAUUCUCAAACUGAUCCGAACUUAUUCUACAAUGCUGCUGCUCGACUAUCCUAUCAUUUUAAUCUACAAGGCCCUAACGCAUCAUUGGAUGUUGCUUGUUCAUCGUCGUUGGAGACUGUACAUUUAGCUGUGCAAAGUCUUCACACCAAUGAAGCAGAUAUGGCUAUAUGUGGUGGAGUGAAUGCUGUGUAUUCAUCAGAGACUCUUUUAUAUGGUUCGAUUAUGGGUGCUAUAUCAGCUGACGGACGAAGUCGAUCGUUUAGUGCUGAUGGAAAUGGUUAUGCUAAAGGUGAUGGUCUUGGUCUUCUACUAUUGAAACGACUGAGUGAUGCCGAACGUGAUAAUGAUCGUAUAUAUUGUGUUCUUCGUGAUGUACUUAGUAAUCAUGGUGGAAGCGAAGAUAAGAACAGUUUUGUUGUUCCCUCAACUGCCGGUCAAGCACGUUUACUCAAUGAUAUUUACAAGCGAGCAGACUUUGAUCCUCGACGUGUUUUUUAUGUCGAAGCACACGGCACUGGUACACCGAUAGGUGAUCCUAUCGAAGCUAAUUGUUUAGGUCAAUUUUUCAAUCGAUCUUGUUUUGAUCCGCCAUUAUUAAUUGGUUCCGUUAAAAGUAACUUAGGACACACAGAAGGAACAGCUGGCAUUGCUGGAUUAAUUAAGAUUGCUAUGUGUAUGCAUCAUCGAAGUAUUCCACCAAAUAUGCACUUCACAUCAUUGAAUCCAAAUAUUGAAGCACAACGAUAUAAUCUUCAUGUUGUCCAACAUUCCGUGCUAUUUCCUGUUGGCAAUGCUACUGAUUCCAUAGCUAUGGGUAUCAAUUCAUUUGGCAUCGGAGGCAACAAUGUACAUGCUAUUGUUGAAGAAUAUAACCCAAGUAAAACUUCAGCUAUGAACAGAUCUGAAAAUAAUAUGGAGAGCAAACAAUAUUUUAUCUUUAUCUUCUCAACAAAAAGUCGUAAAUCUCUAAACCAUCAAGUAGCUCAAUUCAAUCAAUGGUUACAAAAGACAUCAAUAACUGAUAUGAACAAUAAUUAUGCAUUUCUUCAACGCAUCUCGCAAUAA